CCUGGGUCCCCCCAUCCUGGUCGUCGGGGGGGACACACAGCCACUCCCUAGUAGAGCGCCAGAGCAGGAAGGAGCUGGGAGGAGCCUGCGGUGCCGGAGCACUCCCAGCCCCUGCCACCACCUCUGUGUGUGUGUGUGCGUGUCCCCCCAAAACCUAGUGACCCCUCUGGAGGAGGGGACCCCCGCCAUGGAGGAGGACGCAGCACUGGUGGAGCUAGAGACGGCGCCCGAGACUGGGGUGACAGGCAUCACUGUGGCCCGUGACCGCUACGGCCUCUACAUCGCCAAGGCACCCAAAUCCUUGCGCAUCCACCAAGGUGACCAGCUUCUCGGCGCCAGGGUGUUCUUUGAGGGGGUCCCCCCGGAGGACGUCGCACGGGUGCUGGAGGGUGCCAGGUCUUGCAAGGUCUCGCUCUUCCUCCGGCGUCGGACAACUGGCACCCGCGUUCCCCUUGGCAGCAUCGGCACAGUCGGCGAGGGACACCAGGGGAAGGUGGCCAGGCUGAGCAUCCCGAUCCUGACGCCCUCCAAGAAGCUGCCACCAGCACCCAACACAGUGAGCGCGGCAGCCGCCAACUCUGUGGCCGUGGAGUUUGCCCUUCCCAAGCUCCCCAAGCUGGUGAAGAGCCGAAGCGGUGUCGAACCCGCACCAACUGCCACAUCCACCGCAGCGCUGCCGGCGGCGGAGCCCACGCGGCCACGUGUGACGUCAUCCCGGUUAACGGUGAAGGAAGCGGCAGCCAGCAAAACACCAGCGAUGGAGGAGCUGCCAGUGAAAACGGAGGUCGCUGGCGUUGCUGCUGAGGUGCCAGCAGGUACCGGCACACGGUUACCGGCCGUGGAGGUGGCAGUGCCAAAAGUCACUGUGGGGCUGAGCCUCGCCGGCACGGCACUACAAACCACCCCUCAAGCCAAGGAGCCAACAUUACGGCUGCCGAGGUUGGAGGUGGCCGUGCCAGCGUUGCCGCUGCCAGCAGCGAUGCCAGAGCCCAGCACAACCAUAAAUCAACCUCAAAUCAAGCUGGGGGAGGGAGACACCCCCAGCAGUAGCCGUAAGGGUGGAGGCAGCCCGGUGCCAAAAACCAAGAUGCUGAAUUUCAGCACGGCCCCAGUAGAGGAUGAGGAGGGGGACACCGGCAUGCGAGGGGGAUUUACCAGCAUCCGUGUCCCCUCCAUCGCCAUCGCAGUCCCCAGAGCCGCCGUGGAGCUGGUCCCCGAGCUCAGUGUGCCCAAACCAGAGCCAGUCACCAUCGGUAGGCAACCGCAGCUGGAGGUGAAGCUGCCAGCGCGGCAGUUGGAAUCAGCGCCUGCAGCGCCAUCUCAGUUGACCUUCCCGGCAAUGAUGGUGCCAUCCAUUGAUAUCGCCAUGCCACACGUUGGUGUGGGUUUGGCGUUGCCAGCAGAUGCUGGCACCACAGAAGUGCCGGGUGAGGGGGGUGCCACGGUGACACCAGACGUGGUGGCCAGGUUCGCCAAAGGGCUCCGAAAGCUUAGCCUGGAGCUGGAGCCCACAGCACCUCUGCCGGCGGUGGAGCUCACCUCCCCGGCACGGCUCACCGGGGACGUGCCAGCAACCGGCGCCAAACCCAAACCCUCCAAAUUCACCCUGCCACGGUUUGGGUUGUCCCUUGUGAAGCUCAAAACAGGCGGCGAAGGCAAUGGGUAUCCCCCAGCACCCCACAGCACAGCUGCACCAGCACCACCCGGCAUCGCCGUCUCCGGUCCCGUGGGGGCCUUAGACCUGGCUUUGGGAACAGCUGGUGCCGCUGGUGCCGGGGUCAAGCUGAAGGUCCCCAAAUUAUCCCUGGCGCCUUUUGGUGUCAAGGAUGGGGACAAGGGUGCUGGUGGUGAGGAGGGUUCCCAGGAUGCUAGCACAGUGAUGAAGCUGCCACGGUUGGGAAUCGGGGGGUUGGGAGGGGACGGCGGGAGGUCGGCAGAACCAGGGUCCCCUGGGACCCCCCGGUUUCAAGUACCACGGGUGGGCAUUGCCCUGCCAGCAGCAGGCAGCCAACGUGUGCCAUCACUGCCUAAACUCCCCUCCGGGCCAGAGCUGGGCGGGUGGGUGAAGUUGCCAAAAUUUGGGGGAUCCAGCCCCGAUAUCCGCAUCGGGGGUGUCCCCAAAAUGAUGAGACGUGGGGGAAGUGCUGAGAGCUUGAGCAUUGGCAUGGGAGGAAGGAAGAUGCUGGAAUCUCCCAGCAUGAUGCAGUUGAAGCUGAAAACCAGGGGGACAAUGGAUGAUGGAGGUGGGCAACCACUGACCUCCCGGUUCACCAUCCCUGCCGUGGGUUUCACCAUGCCAGUAAAACAACCAGAGGGUCCAGUAAGCUGGAAGAUACCAAAACCCAGCGGCGUGCCAGCAUUGAAGGUACCGGUGUUGGAGUUGGCACCGCCGGGGGUGGAUGGGAUGGAGGAGACCACCAGGAAGGAUACGGCACCGGGACACUGGUCUAGGGUCAAAUUGCCAAAAUUCACCACAGGUUUUGCUGGGAGCGGGUUGGAAGGCGAGGGGAGGAUGAGGAUGGGUGGCAUGAAGAAGGCAGUGUUGGUGUUGGUGAAGCCAAAGGAGAAAGGAGAAGACAGCCGGGUGGUGGAUACCCAUCCCCACGUCAAUGGGGAAGCGGAAGGCAAGGCCCGGCGACGGCGGUGGGUGCCCAGGGUGGGUUUCUCCCCCGGGGUGUCCCCACCAGAGCCCCCCAUCACCCAACCCAAGGGGGGGAAGAUGCGGUUACCCAGCGUUGAGCUCUCUCCUGGGGACCCCAAAUUCAACCAGCGGCCAGUGGUGACGGAAGUCACCCCACGCUUCAAUUUAGGGGGGUCCAGGGGUGAGGGGACUCAUAAAUUUCAGUUGCCUAAGCUGGCGCUGAGCCCCCAACCAUGUGGUGAGCGGUAAACACCUCCCCUGAGCAUGGGGGGGGUCUUCAGGGACCCCCUGAAACAGUGAUGAGGUAGUGGAGCAUCACUUGCUCCCCCAGAUUCUCUUUAAUCCCCUUACCCCCAAAAAAAGUCCUAAUUCAGCUUUUGGGGGGGAAAAGGAGGGUGUUUGAAGCUUUUGCCCAUUUUCAGGUGUUAAUAUUAACCAGGGAGUGGGGGGGGACAGCAGCAUCGCCCCCCCCAGCCCCUUGCUCUCGCCUUGACCGGAAUAAAUGUUAACCCCAAAAAGAUGCUGAGCAUGUCAAUGG